AUGCGCUUGAUCAAUGUUAAUACGCUCAAACUGGAGGAAUUUUAUGGAGAUGUGCCCCGUUAUGCUAUACUCUCACAUACAUGGGGAGCUGAUCAUGAGGAAUUGUCAUUUCGCGACAUCACUGAAAAUACUAUCAAAAGAGAGAGUCUACCAUUCAAAAUUGCAAAAUGCUGCGAGCAGGCAGAGAAGGAUGGCCUUCAGUAUGCAUGGGUUGACACCUGCUGCAUUGACAAGACCAACUCAGUCGAACUCGGCGCAGCCAUUAACUCCAUGUUUCGAUGGUACCAUAAAGCCGCCGUUUGCUAUGCCUACCUGGUUGAUGUCACCGAGCUCCUGGCUCCUGAUAAUCUGCGCUUUUUCGAUUCGAAGUGGCAUGACCUCGGAACAAAGGCAAAUAGAUCGAAUAUCAUUGACCAAAAAAUGGGGAUACCGCGCCGGUUCUUGCAAGGAACAGCGUUGAGCGAGGCAAGCGUCGCUCAGCGUAUGUCAUGGGCCUCUAGAAGAGAAACAAAACGAGAGGAAGACAUUGCUUACUGUCUUCUCGGAAUCUUCGAUGUGACUAUGCCGAUGAUCUAUGGUGAGGGGGCCGAUAGGGCGUUUACUCGUCUCCAGCGAGAGAUCAUGAGAAACUCGAGGGAUGAGUCAAUCCUGGCAUGGGGUAUUUCCAGUCCGGAGCAUUAUCUCUCUAAUUCUGAAAAUAAGAGCUUAUCAGCCGGUGUACUUGCCGCAUCACCCGCCAACUUUGAAGGUUGUCAGGAUAUUGUUUCGCGUGGGAACCAGAUCGGGUCACCAUGCACAUUCCAGAUUGAAGGGGGCUUCGUUAGAGUCAAUAUAUCCCUACUUCAAGACGAAAAUGGGCUUUUCGGCUUGCUCAAUUGCGGUCUGCCAAAUCCGAAAACGGUGGUAGCCAUCCCGCUUUCAAAAAGCCAAUCUGAUGGAUACCUUAGGCCACAAGAUCAUUGUGCAGUGAUUUAUGACUCAAUUGCGACCAAGACAUCAGCCCAGCCUGUCUAUAUUCUGACCGAACGACAUAUUGAAAGACCUCCGACGGCCAGCUAUAACAACUACUUCUUCGUCGAGGACCCAAUCGAAAUGGGAUUGGAACUUAUUGAAGUUGAACCACCAGAUCGCUGGUUGAAAGACCGGUCUAUCAUAACGACAUCGAAUGACCAUGCUGUACAAAAGCUCUGGGCCCGUUUCCGUUCCCACGGUAAAGACCCCAGUGACUUUCUGGUAUUGCUCGAGUAUAGUUCGCAGAACUCACAAGCGCAGGCUCGACGUCACAUGAUGAUAUCUUCCAGAGCCACGUCCCUCCAAGAUCUGGCCCAGGGAUCCGGCUCUAUAAGACAGGGAGCAUUCGAUAAACAAUGUGCCAGUGACGGCAUGCUCAGUGUCCGGGCCAGCGUAGAACGAGACAGCAUGCAGGAGAUAUUUGUGGUGAAAUUGGCCGCCAUAGCGAGUCCACCCAGUGUCACAAUUGAUGCCACAUUUGAGUUAGUCAAGCUUGAAGUGGAGAGCAUCAUGAAGGAGGAAGAUUAUUUGCGCCGUGAAAAGCACAACCUCGAGCAGCAUGUAAUAGAGACGGCUUCCUCCUUAAGAUCUGCCAGGGCAGACUUGACUGAGGUAGAGGAGGAAAUCGAAAAUCUCAAUGGGCUGAAAUCCCGGCUACUGGACAUACGCGGCAGAGCGUCACAAGAUAUGGUUCAGACCGGUACCAGAGCAGAGAAGGUUAGACAACAAGGAGCCAUGUUGUCUGAAUGCGAACGGUCACUUGAAAGGGAAUUAGACGGUCGGCAACAGGCAGUCUUGGAAUUUGGGUAUGAAGUUGAGGCCGAGUUGACGGGAUUGGUGGAAACUGAGGUUGAUUUGGUGAAACAUAUCGAUACUAUGUUGAAGCGGGAUCCAUUACUUCGCGGAUUUUUCAGUGACAAAAAGAACAAGGGAUUCCUGGUGUACCUAUGGAGGAAGGCCGAGGAUAUGUAUUCUGGCCACGGGUUGGAGGCCCACUACGAAAAGCCUAUGGCCCAGACACUCAAGGCAUCCAUGUACCAGCAAGUCUUCUACUGCGAUGAUAGCGAAGCAAUGGGACACGAAGAUCGUUGGAAUGUCCAGACAAAACUCGUCAAACAAUUGAUCAAGGUUACCAGUCAACUGCUCCCUGCGGGCAAAGGGGUUGGGCUGCGUUUCAUUAACCGUGAAGUUGAUGAAUCCCCUAACCUCACAGUUGAUCGCGUGAAUAACAUCUUGAAUUCCAUGCCAUUGAGGCUCGGUGGCAACACUGCGGUUGGGACAAGCCUAACAUCUAAAAUUCUCGAGCCGCUAGUCUACAGCAAAGCCAAGUUGCAGAUACUUGAUAGGCCGCUACUCAUCAUGACGACGAUUGGUGGUUGUCCGGAGACUGAAGCUGAGUCUGAGAUUGUGGACGCUAUCAUCGAAUGUGGCAGAAUGCUAGAAAUCGCCGGAUACCCCCGCCGCACUGUGAUAUUUAUGAUCUAUCAAAUUGGCACAAGCCAAACAACCUCAAACUUUGUACGACGUCUUAAAAACAAUCCGGAUCUUUCUCCGGUGACAUCCGUAUUCUCAGAGUGGGAAGAGGCUAUUGAGGAAGAGACCUUGCCAACCUACAAUGCAGAGAAAUACUACCCCGUUCGCCUCGGGGAAGUUCUGGACGGCCGAUAUCAAGUCGUUGCCAAAUUGGGCUAUGGUGUCACAUCUACAGUCUGGCUUGGUCGCGAUCUAAGUGAUUCCAAGCAUGUCGCCUUGAAGAUUUAUGUUUCCGGCACUACGGACAAGAACCACGAACUUGACGUGUAUGAACGCAUGAAUGCAAUCAAAACAGAUCAUGCGGGACAAGCUCUCAUUCGGAAAUUAUGGGAUCAUUUCUUCCUAGAAGGUUCCCAUGGCCGUCACAUAUGUCUCGUACAUCAACCACUUGGCCUUAGUGUUGAUCAGUUUCUAUAUUUCUUUCCUGGGAGGGUAUUAGGUGUAGUCGAUUUCCUACAUACCGAAGCGCAAGUCAUACAUACUGGUGAUCCAAAGAAUUUCUCGGGUCUUGAGGAUUCCGAGAUUGAGGAACCCUCACCUAGAAAGGUACUUGGUCCCGAGCGCACAAUCUACACCAGCCAUAUAGUUGUCCCCAGAAAUGGAUUGCCAUUGCCCAGUGACUUCGGAGAAGCCCGCUUCAGCGAGGAAGAGCAUGACGAGGAUAUCAUGCCAAAUCUUUACAGGGCUCCUGAGGUGGUGCUAAAGAUGAAAUGGGAUAACAAGGUGGAUGUAUGGAGCAGUGCCCUGAUGGCCUGGGAUAUGGUCUGCUCUCAAACGCUAUUCGAUGGCAGAAACAGUGAUGAUGUUUUUGAUGAUCGAGUCCAUCUUGCUGAGAUGGUUGCAAUUAUGGGACCACCUCCCACCGAGUUCAUCAAACGAAGCAAGAUAGGCUCGGUAUUCUGGGAUGAGGAUGGGGAAUGGAAGGAGCUUGCGCCAGUGCCGAACAUGACACUUGAGGAAAGGGCGGCUAAUAUCCAGGGACCCGACAAGGAAGAAUCCUUAAAGCUUAUGCGAAGAGCAUUAACAUGGGACCCCGAGGACAGACCUGCAGCGGGAGAAUUGAUCUUUGAUGAGUGGCUUAUGAAGGGAUUGCAGCUUCCCGCUCAUCUGUCGAAGAAUACCUACUUGUGA